AUGCCGCCCUCAUAUAAGCCCUGGGUUGUAAAGGUCAAAGCCCAUCCGGGCUCCACGGCCGAAGACAUUGCCAACGAGCCCAAUUGGAGUACAGGGCACCAACACCGAGUCGGUUUCAGGAAUAGGAGCAACCGCGUGCCCGGUCUGACACACGAGCCCAACAACGACUACCGCCACGAGAUCGAACAUGCGCUCAAGGAACAGGAGCAACUGAGGGCCGACGUCAAGGCCGGGAAACUCGUCAACUUCCGCGACGUGAUACAGCACCAAGAGGACUUUCACCUGCGGCACCCCGACAAUAAAUGGCUCGGUUGGAGGUAUGUCCUCGAUACCACCGAAGACUGGAUCAAGAAAGAAGAGCCUUGGCCAGCAAACCUGAAACGGAAGCAGCAAGAGCAAGAGGCAAAGGCCAAGGACCAGCAAGAAGACCAAAGCCAGCCCCAGGAGGAGCAUGAGCUAAAGCGGCCCGCCGACCAAGACAAACAUCACGGCGCCUACGCCACCGACAAGGAGGCUGACGGCCAGGCUGACAGUCGUCUUUCUGACAAGUACACGCCCCAGGAGCUCGCCCUACUACGGGCUUUGGAGCAUGAAAAGAAUCACAUCUCCCACUUGAAGGAGAAUGACGGUCGGCGCCAGUCUCCACAGAAGCACGACUUGUACCAGGUCUCCAUUGAUGAGCAGGAUCAAUUUAGCCCCGAUAACUGGGUGCCGCGUUCUUCCGACCUCAUUCGCCUCACAGGCAAACAUCCCCUCAACGCUGAGGCUCACCUAAGCCACCUCUUUGAGGCCGGCCUCAUCACGCCCAAUGAGCUCCACUAUGUGCGAAACCACGGUGCCGUUCCGAGGCUCCUGUGGGAGUUCCACAAGCUCGAUGUCGAGUACAAGGGCAAGACGGUACGGUCCUUCUCGAUGGACGAGCUGAAGGACUUGGGAUCCAUCAAUAUCCCCGUGAGCCUAGCGUGCGACGGGAACAGACGCAAGGAACUCAACAUGGUCAAGAAAAGCAAGGGCUUCGGCUGGGGCGCCGGCGGCGUGAGCUGCGCGUACUGGAAGGGGCCGCUGGUGCGUGACGUGCUCCUGUCGGCCGGCGUCCCGGAGAGGCUUCCGCAUCAGGACAGCAAGCGGUACUGGCUGAACUUUGAGGGUGCGGAUGAGCCCAGCGAUGGCAGAUACUCGACUUGCAUCCCCUUUGAGUACGCCAUGGACCGUCAAAACGACGUGUUGCUCGCUUAUGAGAUGAACGACUUGCCGCUGCCCCCCGAUCAUGGCUACCCGGUGCGUGUCAUCAUCCCUGGCUACGUCGGCGGUCGCUGCGUCAAGUGGCUACGAAGGAUGUGGAUCAGUGACAAGGAGAACGAUUCGCACUAUCACAUCUGGGACAACCGAGUUCUUCCCAGCUUCGUCACAGAGAAGGACGGGCCAUUUGCCGAGACGCUCUUCCGCCACCCCGACACCGCCUGCAACGAGCAGAACCUCAAUUCUAUCAUCGUGAAGCCCGCACACGGGGAGAAAAUAGCCCUCUCCGAGGCCAGAAAGGGCCACAGCUACCGAGUUCAGGGCCUCGCCUACGACGGUGGCGGCCACGAGGUGCAGCGUGUCGAGGUCUCGCUCGACGGCGGCGACACUUGGUUGUACUGUAUUCGCAAAUUCCCCGACUAUCCCAUCCGUCACGGCAACAAAUUUUGGACUUGGGUUCACUGGCACGUCGACGUUGAGAUCUCCCAUCUGUUGCGGGCCAAGAGCAUCACCGUGAGAUGCUUCAACGUGUUCAAAAAUACGCAACCUAGAGACUAUAACUGGAACAUAAUGGGCAUGAUGAACAACUGCUGGUACGUCGUCCAGCCAGAAAUCGUGGAACCAGAAGAUUCAGAGACGCCAUCAAUCCUCUUUAGGCAUCCCACUGAGCCCGGACCCGGCAACGGCGGAUGGAUGAAACCCAGCGUUGAGAACCGCAUCGCGGACGCCAAGCAGGAAGCCGGAGCGCCGCAGAAAGAGUUCACUCGCAAGGAGAUUGAGAAACACGACAAGCAAGACGACUGCUGGAUUGUUGUGGACGGAAAAGUAUACGACGCCACGAGCGUGCUGGACUGGCAUCCUGGCGGGGCCGCUGCCAUUCUGGGCCAUGCUGGGAAGGUGCACCAGGAGACGAGCGAUGAGUUUGCCAGCAUCCAUGAUGACUUUGCGUACCAAAAAUUGAAGGACUGCAUCUUGGGUGUCGUCACCAAGAAGGCUGCCAACUUCAUCAAGGCAAACGCAGAAGCCGCAGCCAAGGAAAUCGCCGACUCGGCGUCCAGUUCAGAGCAGGUCACGCUCCAGAAACAUCGAUGGGUUCCCGUCAAGCUCAUCAAGAAAACCAAAGUCUCCGAGGAUACGAGGACCUACACCUUUGAGCUUCCGGGGAACAAGCCGGUACUCGGCUUGGGAACGUGCCAACAUGUCCAGGUUGGGUUCCACCUCAAAGACAGAAUGCUGGUGCGAAGCUACACACCCACCCGGCCAGUUCUUCCGCCACCUUCGGAAGCCAAGAUCAACGGUAAUCGUCUGGGCCACAAGAAGAACCUCCAAGCGGUCGAGGACGACGACGGGACAUUUGACUUGACAAUCAAGACGUACUUUCCAGACGAAACCCAACCGGGCGGGGCCAUGUCCAAUCUUCUGGAUUGCAUGCCCAUAGGGGAGGAGGUCGAAAUCCGCGGACCAACGGGGGAGAUAGUGUACAUUGGGAACGGCGAUUUUGUGAUUGAAGGCAUGACGCGUCACUUCAAUCGCGUUUCCCUCGUUCUCGGCGGGUCUGGUUUGACCCCAGGGUAUUCGCUAAUCGCACGUAUCCUGCUCGGCGGCAACGACAAGACCAUGAUCAGGGCCAUCGACGCGAACAAGAGCCAGGCCGACAUUCUCCUGCGAAGCUCGCUCAAGCACUUCGAAGACGAAUCCAACGGACAACUUCUUGUUACUCACGUCCUGAGCAAACCAGAGGAUGACUGGAAAGGGUUGAAGGGUUAUGUCAACAAGGACAUCAUCACCGCCAACCUGUUCCCACCAGCCAAAGACUCAGUUACAUUCUUGUGCGGGCCGCCGGCCAUGAUCCAAAAGGCCGCCCUACCGGCCCUCAAAGAUUGGGGGUAUGUGGAGGAUGAUAAUAUGUUUGGCUUCUGA